AUGCUCUUUGUUUUUUUUCUUUUUCGUUUCUGUUCACUUGUUCGGCUGUUUCUUAUGUUUAUUCGGAGUUGUGGUAGGAGGAGAGAAAGAGCCGCACGUUGCGACCAGAGCUGCACACGCCAUGUAUACAGGAGGGGGAAAAUAUUUUUUUUUUUUUUUUUCUUUUCUUCUUUUUUCUUUUGUUUUGUUUGCAUGUUCUUUAUUCGCAAGGGAAGUUCACCGUGUGUUUGCAAUCAUUUGGGUAUCGCGGGCAGCCUUUACGGUAAAGAAAGAAAAAAGAAAAAAAAGAACAAAAUGAAGAGACGUGGUGGUGGUGGUGUUCAUGGCGUGUGGGGGGGAGAUUUUUUUUUACUUUUGGUGAACUUUGGAAUGCAGUUUUUUCUUUUCUUUUCUUCUUUUUUUUUUUUUUUUUUUUUCUAUAAUUUGCAUGAAGAGCUGAAAUGUGUUUUCAUUGUAUUUUUUUCUUUUUUUUUCUUUUUUUAUUAUUAUUAUUAUUUGGCUUUUUAUGAUUUGCGGCGUGGUGGUGCUGGUUCCUGUAUGCUUGUAUGUAUGUGUGUUGUUGAGUUCUUUUUUUUUUUUUUUUUCUUUCUUCUAUUUUUUUUCUAUGUGCAUGUAUGCCGCGUAUUUUUGUUAUAUUGUGGUGAAGAUGUAUGGAAUAGUUAUGUUGUUGUUGUUGGUGGUGGUGUAUAUUCAUAA